AGACCACUUUCCCACGUCUUCAAGGUUUCCCCCCUCUCUCUCUCUCUCUCUCUCUCUCACUCUCUGCUUUCAAGGUCGAAGCGAGCAUCCCGGCGGAGGAGGAAGAAGAAGGACAAGAAGAAGAAGGGGAAGGGGAAGGUUCUGCUGAGGGCACAGCAGCCGCUGGCAAUGUCGUCGGACGAGGAGGGAGGGGAGGAGUACCUAUUCAAGAUCGUGAUAAUCGGGGACUCGGCCGUCGGCAAGUCGAACCUCCUCUCCCGCUACGCGCGCAACGAGUUCAACCCCCACUCCAAGGCCACCAUCGGCGUCGAGUUCCAGACCCAGAGCAUGGACAUCGACGGCAAGGAAGUCAAGGCCCAGAUUUGGGACACCGCCGGCCAGGAGCGCUUCCGUGCCGUCACCUCCGCCUACUACCGCGGCGCCGUCGGCGCCCUCGUCGUCUACGACAUCAGCCGCCGCACCACCUUUGAGAACGUCGGCCGCUGGCUCGAUGAGCUCAAGACUCAUUCUGACACAACUGUUGCAAGAAUGUUGGUCGGGAACAAAUGUGACUUAGAGAACAUCCGGGAUGUGAGUGUCGAGGAAGGAAAAAGCCUAGCUGAAUCAGAAGGUCUAUUUUUCAUGGAGACAUCAGCCCUCAAUUCAACAAAUGUUAAGACAGCUUUCGAGCUUGUAAUCAAAGAGAUCUAUAACAGUGUCAGCAGGAAGGUUCUAAAUUCGGAUGCGUACAAAGCAGAAUUAUCUGUGAACAGGGUAACACUUGUUGGUAAUGGAACUGAUUCAAAGUCGAAUCAGGGCUUUUCUUGCUGUUCAAGGUGACUCUUCUCACUUUCUAGCUCAAGAGGAGUGUGGUUCUAAGGUCGGGUUGUCAAUUUGAUUAAGUUGGAUGGAUUUGGUUCUUUGCUUGUUUCUUCGAUAAUUAUGGUUGUUUCAAUUGUAUGGCAUCAUAGAACAAAAUCUUAUUUAUUCAGGUCAAGAACAUAUAACAGAGGUCACUUUUGGAUAUUUAUUGAACUAAUAUAUGUAAUUGUGCAUAAUAAGGUGGAAUUGGAUGAAAUUUUGACUUGUCAGAGGACUGGGAUUAUGUUUA